AUGCCCCUCAAGAAUCUCCUCAAGGAACGCUUUAGGAGCGCAAUCCAGUCCAUCCCACAAGGACAGUGGAAGGCUCUUGUGACAGACGCGCACUCGCAAGCGCUCCUCGACUCGGUCUACACCAAAUAUGACAUCCUCCAGCAGAAUGUGACCUCCAUCGAGCCACUACACUCGGCACGUGGCCCCAUGCAGGUCGAGGGUCUGUACAUUCUCACCCCCACCGCGCAGAACGUUCAGCGUGUGAUUGCCGACUUUGCGAACGGCCGCAGGACGUACACGUCAGUCCACCUUUAUUUCAUCGAUGGCAUCGACGAUCGACUCGCAACCAGGCUCACCGACGCAUUGCAACCAAUGGGUGUGCUUAGGGCAUUUGUCGAGUUGUACUGCAACGUCGAACCGACCGAGGACCGCGUCUUCUCCAUGAAGACACCGUCGGCCUUCUUUUCGUUCUACGGCCAACUGGGAGGACAGAUUUCCGCCGACUUUGCAAUGGAAGCGUUCCAAGACGAUCUCGCCGUCACUAGCCGAACAAUCCUCAACGUCCUCGCCACGCUCAACGAGAACCCUUACAUCCGCUACUACCAACCACACCACCACGCGCCGCUCGGCCCUCUGUCAGAGCGCGGCGUGCAGUCGUCGCGUGUGGCCCCAAUAGAACCAGAGCAAAAUCAGUCCUUGCGGUGGCGAUCUGCUCUUGGGUCGCGAUCCUCACAGAAGGCGCCUGUCGGCGACUACCUGAGCAAGAAGAUUGCGGAACAGGUACAGAGCGACCUCGACGAGUACAUGACCAACAACCCGGAGUUCCCAGAGGCGUCUGAACGACAGCGCGGCGUGCUCUUCGUCGUGGACCGUACGAUGGAUCCAGCGGCACCACUCCUCCACGAGUUCUGGUACCAGGCCAUGGUCAACGACCUGCUCAAGAUUGAGGAUGGCACGCGGUAUAAGUACAAGUACGAGAACACUGUCGGCGACAAGGAAACGCGCACGGCGGUCCUCGACGACAACGACGAGGUCUGGGUGUCGAUCCGCCAUCUCCACAUGAAGGACGCGAUUGACCGGCUCAUGGCCGACUUUGGGCGAUUCGUGCAAGAGCACGCUGGAUUCCGAGGGAACACCAACAAUGUGCAGAUCAACGACCUGAAAGACAUGCUUGCGAGCUUGCCCCAGUUUCAGGAACAGCGCGACCAGUACUCUCUGCACCUGGACAUGGCGCAAGAGUGCAUGAACAUGUUUGAGCAUCGCAAGCUCAACCUUUCGGCCAACGUCGAACAGUGCUGUGCAACAGGUUUCACGGCAGAUGGCAAGACACCCAAGACGAUUGUCGAGGAGAUGGUCCCACUGCUGGACGACCGGGACAUCAGCCAGCUUGACAAGGUGCGCAUCAUCGCCCUGUACUUGAUCUUCCGCGAGGGUGUCGCCGACGAGGACCGCCGCCGCCUGUACCAGCACGCGCGGCUGUCGAUCACGGAGCAGGACAUGAUUAACAAUCUCGUACACAUGGGCAUCAAGGUGAUCAAGGACAAGGAGAACCGCUUCCGUGGUUCGCGCGUUCGCAACAAGUACUCGUCCAAGGACGACCAGUACGACCUGUCGCGGUACAAGCCGGUUGUGCAGAUCAUGGCCGAGGACCAGGCGUCGAACAAGCUUGACCAGUCGUCGUUCCCCUACCUGCGUGACGCGCCACAGGAACUGGCGUCCAGCAGCUCCAUGCGCUCCCGCCAGCCAACACAUCCCGCCGCCGCUGGCAACUCGCUCCGCUCAGCCCGGCCGAUGUGGCACAAGGCGACGUCAGCCCGCCAGACCACCGAUCACCAGCAGCGAUACAUCAUCUUCGUCGCGGGCGGCAUGACAUACUCGGAGAUUAGGCAGGCAUACACGCUCUCGGCCGCGCUCGGCAAGGACAUUGUGAUCGGCUCGACUCACAUCGUCACGCCGGAGAGCUAUCUCAAGGACGUCAAGUCGCUUGGCCGCGGCGGCAUCGGCGGUAACCCUCCAGGCGGACUCCCACAGCAUGCCAACGCGCCAGGGAGGCCGGACUGGCGUAACCCCGCCGAACCGAUGCCGUAUCAGGCCAUCCUGGACCAGCGGUAUUGGGAGCCCGAGGUUGGCCCACCUCCAAUGCCGCCACCACCCCAGCAGCAGGCGCCGCAGAAGCGAGGCGCGCUCAACGAAACGACGCGCGCGUUCUCGGAGAUGAGCGUGUCGUCAACGGCGUCCAAGAACUCUAAGCACGGCGGGGAGAAGGAGAAGAAGAAGCGCAACUUGUUCAAGAUGAAGUGGGACAAGUGA